AUGUUUGUCGACGCCGACCCGCUCGCUCUCUCCGCCGUCACCGCGCACCGCUAUACUCAGGCUCAGCAGGGCCAGACUCAGACUCAGACUCAGACUCAGGCUCAGGCUCAGGCUCAGGCACCGGCACAGGCACCGGCCCAGACCCAGGGCCAGGAACGUCAACCGGCGCAAGAACUGGAGCCGAGUCCUCCGAGCUCUCACAGCCCGUCAGACGAGGUGCAGUCGCCUGUCAAGCCGGACGGGUCGCCCAAGAAGCGGAAGCGCACCAGAAAGGCCGCCACGGGCAAGAAGUUCGAGUGCAAGCACAAGGGCUGCGGGAAGAGUUACUCGCGAGCAGAGCAUCUGUAUCGCCAUCAGCUAAAUCACUCGCCCAAACAAAUAUAUCGCUGCGAAUUCCCCAACUGCUUCCGCACCUUUGUUCGCCAGGACCUGUGCAUCCGGCACCAGGAGCGCCAUAAUACCCACGGCUCGCAGCUGCAGAAGCGCGAUCAUGUUGCUACUCAGGGCCCGGGCGCAGGCUCGCCGUCGUCUGCCAGAGAUACAAGCAACAACCCGGCCCUCUCGCAGCCGGCCAGCGAGGCCAGGUCACCAGCAGGAUCGAUGCCUCCGCACUCGCGGAUAGCUGAACAGCCUGUCAACGGUGCCGGCAGCAAUGGCUUCAUAUCUGUUCAGGGCUUCCUGGCCUCGAACAUGGCCGGCUCUGCUGCUAGUGCUGGCGCUGUUGGCGCUGGUGCUGGUGCCGGUACUCCUACUGAGCUCCAUGCCGGACCAUUACAGACACCCCAGAGCAUAUAUCACAAAGGCAGUGCGGACUCUAUACGGCGGCAGUCAGAUGGAAAUACGGGGGGAUACCUUGUUCCGCAGCAAAAGGCCGUCUACGGUGAACCAAAUUGCUCGAACUACGAGCCAUACAACCAAACUACUAAUAAUACACAUAAUAACACACCCCAGCCAUCAUACUCGAUAUCUCCCCUGAACGGGACCACUGAGAUAGGUCCCGGGGCGUCUGUUGCGUCCGAAUCUGUACAGUCACGGCAGCAGUCUAUAUCGAGUCCUGCCGGGAACCAUACCGUGUUUCCAUUUGGCAUGCCGUCCGGCUUGUUGGCAAACGGCAUGGCUACUAACACGUACAUGCCACAGAGCCAGAACAUGCAUAUGCCGGCUGUCCUCCCUGACUCUGGCUUCACAGGCUCUGUCCUGAGUAGGUCCCACAGCCAGUCUUCGUCUGGUGCAAAUCUGGCCAGCACCUUAAGCCAGAUGACCUCUAUGCCAACGACCAUUCACGCGGAAACAUCGGUAUCCAACAUGGACUCAGUAGGGCCAUAUGCCCUGCCGGUAUUUGGCAGCGAGAUAUUGAAUCGCUCUCCCUUUGCCUUGACUGAUGACUUCACAGCCUGGCUCUUCAAUGAAAGCUCGAAUACAUCAUCCGCUGCUGGGUUCCCUGCAGUAUCAACGAUAAUGCCCAACUACCUUGACCCUUUCUCCGGACAGAUCCAAAAUCCAUAUUACCCUACGGAUUCGACUGCCAUAUCAGGGUACGUUACUGGGAAUCCCCAGCAACAACAGCAGCAACAUCAUCCAAUGAGCGUUACCAGUAUUCUUGACUCGGCGCCUCCAUACUCCGUCAUGUCAGAAGAGAAACGAAGCGAACUGCUAGAUCUAAUACAGACGAGGUUCAAUGAAUCCGGCAGUGGCUCACUGAAGAGCCGCAAGGAGACAUUCAUGGAGGGUAAUAUGGAUGCAGACAACCACAUACUCAGUCUGCGCAUGAUGCAGACAUAUAUCAGUUCCUAUUGGUACCAUUGCCAUGCACAACUGCCUAUCUUGCACAAACACACCUUUACACCAGAUAAAACACCUAAUCUCCUGCUCUUCGCUGUAAUGGCCCUUGGAGCUGUUACUUUGGAUAACAACCGUGGUCAGCAAUUUACUGAUACGGCAUCAGAGCUGGCGAACUUCAUCUGCGUUCAUCUGCGAUGGGAAUUAUUCAUGGAUCCCGAUUUCAGGCCACCAGCAAAGCUCUGGGUCUUCCAAACACUGCUACUUCUUGAGACAUAUGAGAAGAUGUACUCCACACGAGAGCUACAUGAACGAGCACACAUACACCACGAUACUACACUAACAUUGAUGCGCCGUGGUAGCUCCCUAAUAGGCCGGACAGCCUUCAACUCGCCUCCGUCUCCCUCGGACAACCGACAGCGCCCAGGAGUCCCCUCAUCCUCCGGCAGCUCUGAGCCAGUCCACUUUGACGAAUCAUGGCUGCGCUGGAUAAAAUCGGAGGGGACCCGAAGGGUUGCAUUUGCUGCGUUUGUCUUGGAUUCGACCCAUGCCACUAUGUUCGGACACUCGGUGAAGAUGGCCGCUCACGAAAUGAGGCUGCCGCUGCCCUGUGACGAGAGUCUCUGGUCUGCUCCUUGCCCUGCCGAAGCGGCGAAGGUACAGUUACGGCUCAAUUCUAGCGGUUUCAAACCGACGAUGUUCCUUGAAGGGUUAAAGAAGACGUUGACUGGCCAGACGGUGCGAACUAACGCCUUUGGUCGAACAAUCAUAAUGGCCGGGUUGCUGAGUGUAAGCUGGCACAUGAACCAGCGAGAUCUACAAGUUAAUUCCUUGGGUGUCUCUCAAGUACCUGGCUUCAGAGACAAGUGGAGGUCCUCCAUGCUCCGAGCAUUCGACAACUGGAAGCGAGACUUUGAUGAAUCUCUAGCCAAUGACCCCAGCCCACCUACCGGCAGCUAUUCGUCGUCCGGUGGGUACCAGCAACGGCAGCAGAACCUGUUUGAAGAGGAUGUCUUUUCUGAGACAAGAAACGUCCUCCACCAUCUUGCUCAUAUGGCUUCUCAUGUCGACGUGGUCGACUGCCAGAUAUUUGCUGGAGCUGCCCGGCUGCUCGGACGAGCCAUCACCCCUAGAGACUUCAGCUGCGCAAAAGAGAAAAUGGUCGAGCGAUGGGCCAACAAGGACUCGGCUCGAGACGCUACUUUCUUUGCGUUGAAGUUCCUGUCACAGGUCCUGCUGCGGAAUAACCAUGCAAGGCCAGGCCAUCAAGUGACUGGAUCGAGCAUGAAUGUACAGGAGUACUGCGCGCGAGAGGACUUUAUCAUGAGCCGGCCGUGGGUUCUCUACUUUGCCGCCCUGGUCGUCUGGUCAUAUGGCUUUGCGCUGGACGGUCCCAUCCGCCCAUCACCGCCAGAACUGACCACGCCCGAGCAGCAACGACAUGACAUGUAUGUCUACCUCGAACGAGUGGGCGGCGUCCAUCACCCGAACGACCUUGAGAAGAUCCGAGAUCGAAAUCGGUGUAUGGGACUUCUCAUGGUUUUGAGGGCAGACUUCCUCAACACCAGAUGGGAGCUGCUCCACGAAGCGGCCAACCUCCUAGGAAGCUGUAUCGAAAAGCUCAAGGGCUCUUCUAUCACCAUCGCCCCAAGCUCAUGA